AUGCAGAACCUGCGCGGGCAGCUGCACGUCGGCAAGCAGGACGUCGAACAGCUCAACCUCCGCCGCUUCAAGGCACACAGAAAGGUGCAACGCGGAGGGGCCGAUGGUGAUGCCGCUGCUGCUGAGGGUGGGGACGAGGAGGCGCCGCGGAAACGCCACCGUCGCCGUCGCGGUGGAAACGACGCCGACGACGAGGCGCGGCCAGAGACGGAUAUAUGA